CCCUGAUUUUCGCUUUUGCCGGAUUUUCCCUUUUGGUUGUGUUUUUGGCACUUGACAGAAUCUUGCCUGAAACCCAAGAUCUCACGUUUCCUUCUCAUUUCUGAAUCUUUAAUCCCACCAAAAGGAAAACAAAAUCAAAACAGAAAAAGAAGACGAUCAAAGUACCGAACUUUCCCCACUCCCAUUCACAAUACUUGCUCUCUGCUCUGCUGAUUGUGUUCCCUCUUUUCACUUUCUUUUGCCCCUGUUUGGUUUCUGGGAAAAUGGGUCAUUUCCCUCUGUACAAACGAAAGCCGCCCAUGCGCGCAUCGAAUAUUAAUCUCCUUCUCUUCCCCCAUUGCCGUCUCUUCUUCUUCUUCUUCUUCUUCUUCUCCUCCUCCUUGUAAAAGUUGCUACUUCUCCAGCUGCUCCCUUCUCACUCUCCCCUUCUCCGCCGUUCAUAACAGCAAUUAUCCGUUCCAAAUUUCGCCUCUAUUGAAAUCUCUCCUCCCUUUAAUCCCCCACCAUUUGCGUCAUCAUCAUCAUAUCCCUUUUCUGGCAUUUUCCCUGUUGUUUUUUCCUUUCUUUUUGCGAUUCUUCUAUUGUAUUUGUUCUCGAGCGCCCCCAAAAUAGCAACAUUGGCAAUCAAUCAUCUUGUUUCGCGAUUCUUCUCCCCCUCGUGAUCAGAAGCCUGCAGAAAGUUCUCAUCUUUUCUCCCUUCCUCUCUCUUAGGGUUUCUUUCCCCUCCCCUCCCCUGCUUUCCAAACCCCAAUCCCCAAAAUGCCGAUUCCGGGAAAACCCACUUUGUGAAAUCUCAAAUCUUUUCACCUCCCCUUUUUCCGUCCGGUCAUUCUGCUUCUAGGGUUUGCUUUAGAUUUUAGUUCUGAUUUCACCUUGGUUUCCAAUCCGAGAACUAAAAUCUGCAAUCUUUCGUAUAUGGGUUUUUCCGGCAGCGGCGGUUGCUUCUAAAUUGGAAUCUAAAAUGGGUUGUGUCCACGGGAGGUGCUGCAGCCGAUACCCGACGUCGUCGGACGGCGAUUCCAAGGACUUCCGUCAAAUAGGCGCCGGGAAAAGCAAACACUUACUCACUCAGAGGUCCCUGGAAACCAUCUCAAUUCCUUCACGGAACUUCAAGUUACUGUACUCUGUUUUAACUCAGAGAGGCUACUACCCCGACCAGCCAGACAAGGAGAACGAAGAUAGCUUCGUGAUCAAGACACGGCUCCAAGGUAAUCCAGACAUUCAUUUCUUCGGUGUGUUCGACGGCCACGGCCAAUUCGGCGCACAAUGCUCCAAUUUCGUGAAGAACAGGUUAGUGGAGAUACUAGCAAACGACCCAACCCUCUACGACGACCCUAUAACGGCUUACAAUUCGGCUUUCUCGGCCACCAACUCCGAGCUUCACGACAGUGAGAUCGACGACACGAUGAGUGGCACCACGGCGAUCACAGUACUCAUUGUUGGGGACACGUUAUACGUAGCGAAUGUGGGCGAUUCGAGGGCGGUGAUGGCUGUCAAGAGGAGAAACAGGAUUGUUGCAGAGGAUUUGUCUAGUGAUCAGACGCCGUUUAGGAAAGACGAGUACGAGAGGGUGAAGAAAUGUGGGGCGAGAGUGUUGAGUGUGGAUCAAGUGGAAGGGCUUAAAGAUCCCAAUGUGCAGUCGUGGGGGGAUGAAGAGAGUGAUGGUGGAGAUCCUCCAAGGUUGUGGGUGCAGGAUGGGAUGUAUCCUGGUACUGCGUUUACUAGGAGUGUUGGGGAUAGUACUGCUGAGAAGAUUGGUGUUAUUGCUGAGCCCGAGGUGUCUGUGGUUCAGCUUACGCACGAUCAUGUGUUCUUCGUUGUGGCCAGUGACGGUGUGUUUGAGUUUCUCUCCAGCCAAGUUGUCGUUGAUAUGGCUGCAAGAUAUGGAGAUCCUCGGGAUGCAUGUUCUGCAAUUGCGGGAGAAUCAUACAAACUUUGGCUGGAAAAUGAGAAUCGUACGGAUGAUAUUACGAUCUUAAUUGUCCAUAUUAAAGACUUGAUUAACUCAGGAAUGGAUGGAACAGCUGUGGCCAAUAAAAGUGUAGCGAGUCCAAGGCAAGGCAAGGGAUCUGCAGAUGUUUCAAUGCAUACAGAGUCAGAAAUGUACCAAUCGAUAAGAACUGAUGUCUCGGACACGCAAGGUCCGGCUAACCGAAGCCAAGUUGUUGUUCCAGAUCAACAUCGGAGACCCUUUGAACUGGUUGGAUGGAGGUUAGCAGUCUUAUGUGAAGAGUACAAGACCUCGAAAGGGCUCUUGUUGUUAUCUGUAUGGUGCUAGAUUAGUCCCUCAGAGGAUUCCCAUAUUCCAGGGUCUCUGCCUCACUAAUGUUGACAACAUACUGCUACUAAGUGCUAACCACAGCAGCAUUUGGAUAAAAUGAAGGAGGGGUAAAUGAUAACCUUGGAGCAGCAGCAACUAUGUAAUACAACCUCUUUGAGUGCUGUGAAAUGAUAAUAUUCGAAUGAUGAUGUUCAACGGUGGGCAGCUUGUUUCAAAGCUCAACUUGUAAAAAUGUCAUCCCUGGUUAGAAUUCUUUGUAAUUCACAUGUGAUCCAAUGUUGUAUCGUGCAACUCUUGCAGUAUAACGCCCCAUUUUGAUUGAUCCAUGAUGCUGGAAAAAUUUGCAGAACAACUGCCUUCUCGUCUGUUUCAAUAA